AUGGGCGGCAUGGAGGAGCCCCGCUGUGUGCGUCACCGCAUCCGCCAGUGGGAGGCCCGGGCGGAACCGAAGCCCUCGCUGAUGGAUGCAGCUGCGGUGGUGGUACCUUCGGUGCGGCAGCGCAUCGCCCGCUGGGAGGAGCGGCUGCGGCGGACGCAGGAGGAGCCCGAAGUCGAGCCAGAGGAGCAACCGACUGAUCUGCCUUCAGCUCUGGCCACCCUGGAGGCACAGCGCCAAAGAUGCCGUGAGCUGAUGCGCCUCAACGUAGUUUUGCGUGAGCACCUGGAGAUCACGACACGCACCAACGAGGAGCUCACAAGUGAGGUGCACGAGCUGACCGAGGAAUGGCGACAGGCAGACCGCUCACAGUCUGGCGAUCGGCCACAGGGCCUGGAGUGUCGGCUCUUUGUGGUAUCCCAGUGGCAGCAGGACCUGGCACGGCUGCGACAAGACCUCGCCCAGCUGCGCCAGGGAGUGUUUACCGACCUCUCUGACCUUGGACGAGUGCUUGCAACAGCCCAGCAACACUGGGCCACACAGGCUGAACUGGCCACCACAACGGCAGAAAGGCGCAACCUCUCUCAGCAGAUAGCUGGUGAUCUGAACAGGCAAAUAGAAGUAUUGAACGCCGAGAAUGACCGUCUGCAGCGAGCACUCGACCAAGCCGGCCACCUGGCCCAGGAGCAGGGCCAGGCGCUUGAUCUGAGCAGAUGUGAAGUGGACAGUCUGCGGAGUCAGGUGUCUGAGCUGCAGGCCAAGCUGACCAGAUUGAAUGAUGCACACCAGCAGAGCCGGAAUGAAGAGAGCAACCUGCGGGUUCAGCUAGACGAGCUGCGCACAUCGGCCCAACGUGAGCUGGAAGCCUUGCGUGCUGCACUGCGUCGCACACAGGAACUUAACGACCGACUGAAGGCCGAAAGGGACGUCCAGCAGGAAUCGUCAGAGCAGCUGGAGCGCCAAGCGCGGGAGAGCACAGUGCGCCUGGAGUCGCUCCUUCGGGAGAGCGAGUCUCGUCAGGCGGAACUGCGGCAAAAGCUGACUGGCAAGCACCACGAGCUGCUCAGUGCCCAAGCUGCACACCUCGAGGCGACGUCCCGUGCGGAUGCAUUGUCCAAGGAGGUGGGUGAGCUGCAGGAGCAGCUGUCUGUGGAGCGUCGGGAACGAGAGGCCCAGGCAGAGGAGCAGGCAGAGACCCUUGCACGACAGGUGGCCUCGCAGGAGAAGCUGCAGCAGCAGGCACGCUCGGAGAGGGAGACUCUGGAGGAAGCGUUGCAGCGAGCCCAGGCACGAGCAGAGGCUCAGGCGGACGCGUGUCGCCGAGCCUGUUUGGACGUAGAUGCACUGCAAGCUCGGCUGUCGCACGAGAGAGCAUCCCACCAGGAGGCGCUGACCAAGCAUGAUGAGGAGUUGGCUCGUGUCCAGAGCGAGCACCGCACGGAGGUGCAGCGGUUGCGUGUCGAGCAUGAAGCCUCAUUAAGCCGGAUCCUCGAAGAGCAGGGUCGUCUGAGGCACGAGCUUUCGGAGCAGCUGCGACGGCAGAGGGAGACGUGCGCUGAUCUCGAGAAGAGUCGGCACGAAGAAGCCGAUACCUUCCGCAAAAAGAUCGAGCAGUUGGAGGCCCACAGACAACAGGCCCAGGCAGCACAUGAGGAGGAGCGAAGGCUGCUUGGCCAGGGUCUGGCUCGGUGCCGCAAAGAACUGCUGACACUGCGCCAUCAGCUCACUGCCCUGGAGGAAAAGGCCAGCCAGGCUUCCCUGGAGCCACACCUGAGCAGUCUCGGGGAAGCCUUUGUGCGCUUGGGCAAACGGGAGCAGAGCUUGCAGCAGCGCCAGAGGCAGGCAGACGAACGUGCGACACACUUGCAGCAUGACCUUGAGCAGGCUGGCCUCAGGAUUGCAAAGUUGGAGGCUGAAAUUGCAACAGCCACACGACAGCUCUCGGACGCUCGUCGAUCACGUGACGAGGAGCGGCAACAGCUGCACCGCCUGGUUGGUGAGCUGCGUGAGAGCAUUGACCAGGCAACGAGUGAAAAAGACGCUGCACGUCGGGAUGCUGCAGACAGAUUUCGAGAGGUGGAGGCCCUGCGAGCUGAGCUAGCUUCCGAGUGUGCCCGUCUGCGGGAUGAACACCAGGAGGAGCAGCGAGUGCUGCGAGCCGAGGCAGAGGACAGGCUGCAGCGGGAAGGGGCUUUCUGGAAGGCCAAGGUAUCGCUGUGUGAAUCGGAGAUGCGCGCCGUCCGUGCCGAAGCUUCCCAGCUGCAGGAGCAGCUGCGGGAGGUGCGGGAGCAGCUUGCCCUCGAGCAGGCUUCUCACCGGGCACAGGCGGGCCAGGCGGCACUGCAGCGCACCCAGGACCAGGCCGACUGGCAGCGUCGUCUGCUGCACGAGGGCCAGGGGCUGCACCAGACACGGCUGGCCCUGAGCGCAGCCCAGGGAAAGGCCAGUGCUCUCGAAGCACACCUGGAGGCUGUGGCAGAGUCACGUCAGAGAGCAGAGGCCGCGCUGUCUUCUCUGCUCAGUGCUUUGCGCUGUGCUCUGGGCGUGACAGCGCCCCAUGAGGUCGAGGCUGGCGGCACAGAAGACGAGCAGCUGGUUGUAGGUGCAGUCCAGGGCCUCGUGGGCAAAGUGGUCUCUCUGGCUGGUGACAAGGAGAAACUGGAGGCCAAAGCCGAGAAGUGUCGCCGGAAGCAGCAGGAACUGCAGGCUCAGCUUGCGGCCACUGCCGGCGACCUUAGGAGGCUCGAAGCAGCUCAAGAACGGCUGAGUGCAGAGAAUGUGGAGCUGCACCAGCAGACUUGCCAGCAGCUGGAAGAGGCUUCACGGCUGCGCCUGGAGCUGCAGACUGUGCAGCUGGAGCGCUCCUCCCUGCAAGACCAGCUGGAAGAGAGCAGGCGACGGCUCGAGCUGCAGGCACAGCAGCUGGAGCGGCUCAAGGCGACCUCCCGGGACCAGUUGCUGGAUGCACGGCUGUCCGAGAAGCAGGCUGAGCUGCAGUUGGCAGAGGCUCGGCUGGAACGUCUGCAGCGCUACCUUGCAGUCACCCAGCAGCACAAGGCAGGGCUCUCUCGCUUUCUCUCUCUGUCACUAAAGUUAAAGCAAUAA